CUUACAAUUCCACAUGUCUUGGAUUCGAAGUUAGGCAAAGUACUUAUUUUAAAUUUGCGUUUCGGCAUUGAAGAAUGGCACGUGUGUAAUUUUUGGUGAAAUUGUUGUGCGAACUUGUACCACUAAUUUCGGUCGAUCGAUAGACGGCUGAUGCAACUUUUUAAAAUAUUAGUUAUUUUCAAGUAGUGAAAAAUUUUGACUGAAAAAUGCCGUUGCACAGCAAGGAGCCGCAGUCUCCUGCUGAGAACAACCUUAUCACUCCUUCUGAGGGGCACACGAUGGGUAUCAUCGACGAGAAAAUCAAAAUGAAAAGACAUAUGGGAUUGCUUGGAGGGGUUGCGGUUAUUUUGGGGAUUAUUUGCGGUUCUGGUAUAUUCAUAACGCCGCGUGGUGUAAUCCAAGAAGUAGACUCUGUUGGCUUUUCUUUGGUUAUGUGGGUCCUUUGCGGGCUAUUGUCUAUGAUCGGGGCGCUUUGUUACGCCGAAUUGGGCACGAGUAUACCAAAAUCUGGGGGAGAUUACGCCUAUAUAUAUGAAGCCUUUGGACCUCUGCCUUCCUUUUUGUAUUUGUGGGCUGCCAAUGUAAUUUUUGUUCCGACCACUAACGCGAUAAUGGGGCUCACGUUUGCGAAGUACGUGAUCCAACCACUUUUUCCGGCGUGCGAUAUGCCCGAUUUUGGGGUACGGCUCGUAGCCGCUGCAGUCAUUUGCUUUUUGUCGUUUUUAAACGGUUACAGCGUGAAGACGACCCUGAAUCUGCAGAAUGUAUUCAUGUUUUGCAAAAUCGGCGCCCUCGUCCUCGUGAUACUUAUAGGAGUCACAUGGAUGAGUCUCGGCCACCUCGAAAAUUUCAGCAACGCUUUUCAGCACACCACCACCAACCCCGGCAAAAUCGCUAAUGGGUUCUACUCAGGAAUAUUUUCGUAUUCAGGAUGGAGUUACCUUAACUUUAUGAUUGAAGAGUUGCAAAAUCCAUUCGUCAAUCUGCCUCGGGCUAUAUACAUUUCGCUGCCUCUGGUCACCGUCAUCUACGUUCUCGCCAAUAUGGCGUACCUAUCGGUUUUGACGCCGCAGGAAGUCGCGGCUACUGAUGCAGUCGCCGUGACGUUUAGCAACACCGCGUUAGGGCCGCAGUACACAUGGAUACUGUCUCUCUUGGUGGCUAUUUCCGCGUUCGGGGGAUUAAGCGUGCAUAUCAUGACGUCGUCGCGGAUGUUAUACGUAGGAGCGCGGAACGGCCAUUUUCCCGCCAUGUUGUCGCACUUGAAUGUGUGGACGCUGACUCCCGUGCCGAGCCUCGCGUUUCUGAACAUAAUCUCGAUAGCGAUGCUGUGCACAAGCAACAUCCAAUUGCUUAUCAAAUACUGUACGAUCGUCGAAUCGUUCUUCGUGACCGUAUCGGUCAGCGGUCUUCUGUUUUUGCGGUGGAAAAAACCCGAUAUGGACCGACCGAUCAAAUUGAAUCUCGCCAUUCCUAUAGCCUUCGUGAUUAUCUGCAUUUUCCUCUUGGUGUUGCCGAUCAUCGAAUCUCCGCUCGUGCUGCUGUGGGGCGCGGUGAUUACGUUGUCCGGCGUGCCCGUUUACUUUUUCGGCAUUAAAAAGGCGGGCCAGCCGAAAUCUUUCGGAAAUUUUAUGAAUAAAGCGACGGUGGUGUGCCAGAAGUUGUUCGCGGCUGCCCACGAAGACGUUGACGAAGAGUUUUGAGUUGUCUAUGGGAACGCAUCUCGAAUAUUUCGAUUAUUUAUUUAUUUCGGUUUCGAAAAAUGAGUAUUGUUAUGUUAACUUUUUGAUUUCUGAUUAGCCAGUAUUUUUUCGUUUUUAGUUAUUUAUUUGCUUUCUGCUUUAUUUUUUCGCAGUGGUUACUGUGAUGUUUGCGAAUCUUUUUUGUAUUGUGUU